GCGCACACAACUUACUCCCGGUCCUGGCUGACUGAACGACACGCACACAUCUCGAAUAAUCGGACAUUACCGUUGAUACUGAAGGACGCAGUAUUGGCUGGCUGUGAAAUACUAUAAUACCAAAAAAAUAGGAAAAAAACUAAUGUUCAGAAGACAGUUCAAGAAGCACAGAAGAAAACCAGGUAGCCCAAGUAGACGUGUUAACAGUUUUAACUGUUUGUGUCCUGUGACGUUAGAGAAAUUAUUUUUGUAAUUGAAACUAGACUAAGAGUGAAGUGUGUUUUAUAAAUUAUAUUUGACGACUAGAAGUGUGUUUGAAGUCUUCACAAUGGGACAUAAUGUAUCCAAGACGCUCUUCUGUAUUGGGACAAAGGAAGCAACAUCUGCAGCAAGCAGUCGACGUCCAGCACCUUUCGCCAUGGUGUCGGCAGAAGCCUCGUCAUCCACCUUAAGUAACUCGGCCACCACCCCUUCCCACGGUGGUCCACGUGCGCCCUCCAUAACCAUCCUCCACUUUAAUGAUGUCUACAAUGUGGAGGAACAGAACUCUGAACCAAAGGCAGGGGCAGCAAGGUUUAAAACUGCACUCAAGAGUUUUGCUGACCGGGACCCCUUGGUGUUGUUCAGCGGUGAUAUUCUCGCUCCAUCAAUCAUGAGCUCAUUCACAAGAGGCGAACAGAUGGUACCAGUAAUGAAUCAGCUUGGGAUACACUGCGCCAAUCAUGAUUUUGAUUUUGGGUUGGACCGACUUGUGGAUGUGGCGGGAAGGACCAACUUUCCCUGGUUAAUGAGUAAUGUAGAUGAUAAUGAAACUGGCCAACCUUUAGCUGAUGGUAUUCUCACACAUAUUAUGGAUUGGCAUGGAUGGAAGAUUGGAAUUGUUGGCCUUGUAGAAAAAGAGUGGUUGGAGACUUUAGCCACCAUCAAUGCUGAACAAGUAACAUUUACUGAUUAUGUGGAUAAAGGCAGAGAGCUGGCAACAAUGCUCAGGAAUCAAGGCUGUGAUUACGUGAUAGCAUUAACACACAUGCGGACACCAAAUGACAUCAGAUUAGCUGAAAAUGUUGAUGAAAUUGACCUCAUCUUAGGUGGCCACGAUCAUGUGUACGAAAUUCUAAAGAUAAAUGAUAAAAUUAUUCUUAAAAGUGGCACAGACUUCAGGGAGUUCUCAACUAUCACUUUAUCUCAGGAAGGAACCGAUGUUAAUGUUGAUAUUGAAAAGGUUGUUGUAGACUCUAAGUUUGAGCCAGAUGAGGACCUAAAAGAAGCUCUUGUAGAAUAUGAAGCCGUGGUGGGUGAGAAGAUGGAAGAGGCUCUUGGUACCUUUAGUGUGGAAUUAGAUGGAAGAUUCUCCUCGAUAAGAACACAAGAGACAAAUCUUGGCAACUUUAUAUGUGACAUUAUGAUGGCAGCUUGCAAUGGAGAUGUUGCAAUUCUUAACUCUGGAACUUUAAGAUCAGACAGAAUCCAUCCAAUGGGAGAGUUUAAGAUGAGAGAUUUAAUGACAAUUUUACCUAUGUUGGAUCCACUUCUUGUCUUAGGAGUCACUGGUGAAAAACUCUUGGCAGUCCUUGAAAACGGAGUAUCACAGUACCCCAAGCUUGAGGGUCGUUUUCCUCAAGUUGCUGGCCUGCAGUUUGUGUUUGAUCCCAACGCUGAACCUGGGUCGAGAGUAAUCAGAGACUUGGUGAAAGUCGGAGACGAGUACUUGAAUCCAGACACUGUUUAUCGGUUCGUGACAAAGGCCUACAUGCACCAAGGUCGAGAUGGAUACAACAUGCUAAUCGAUUGUCCUAUACUGCAAGAUGAAGAACAAUGUCCAAUGUUGUCAACAGCCGUCCAGAAUCAUUUCACUGCCAUCCAGUCACGUUUGGGCAAGAGCCACCGAAACUCUACACAUAGACAAUCACUUAUACUGUUAUCCAGGAGACACAGUCUGAUCCGCCAUGAUGAUGAAUUGCCUGUAGCAGCCAGGUCUGGGUCCCACAAAUCUAUUGGCCGGUCUGUAUCGACAGAUUCCGCCCUUUCUACUACAUCAUCAGGGUCUGUGACAUCAAUCUUUCCAAGACCAAGUACUUCCAGUAAACGGUCAAGAGGAACCUUAUCCCGGCAGGAGAGCUUCCAUGAGUUGGAGGAUCUGGCCUGUAAAUUGGCUCCAAAGAUGGAUGGGAGAAUAUUAGUAGCUACUGAUGAGAUUGUGGAGAAUCUACACCUGAAGCGAGCACAGCGGAGUGUGUCUGUCAUUGAAGAAGAAGAUGAACCCACAACACCCCAGACCCCAAAGGUUCCUGCAUUAGAAUAAUGUUGUGUACCAUACUUUAUCACUAGUUACAUAUACACACAUAAAUUUGACAAUACAGUUUUAGAUUCAUACUUCAGUCUGUCCAAAUAAGUUUCUUGUGCAUAAAAAUUAUAAUGAACAAACAGUAAAUUACAGUAUUAUGAUAUUUUAAGUGCUUAGGAAGCAGCUUCCUGCCUUGAUAAAAUAUCAAUUGUAUUGAAUUUUGUUGAUCUCUGUUUUGAAGAAUUUCAUCUAAGGUCAACUGAAUUAAAGUCUCUACAAUAUUAAAAAGAGAGAAGAUAAUGAAGGGCCUAUUAAAAGCAGUAAUCACUACUUUUUAAUAAGAAUAAAGCAACAUAUUCAUCCAGAAUAUUGAUAUACCAUAUUGUGUGUAGUUAUAGUGAGAAGUGGAUUGAAUGUUCGUGAUAUGAUUACAAUUUAAUUACAAAUUAAUUUUAAUUUCAAAAUCAGUUAAACUUUUCUUGUCUAAAUAACUUGUAUCCAUACUAUUAGUGGUACACAGUACAUAUGGUUAUAAGCAAAAUGCUCAAUGCUCAUUGCAAUCUGCCACAUACUGCUGAGUGACAUGUUUAAGAGUCCAAUGGAAGGUUGAUUUUGGAUUAAGGGGACAUUUACUUCUUUGGAACGGAGAUUUUACCAUGAAUAUGAGACAUAUCGACACGGUGAUUUAGGAAAUGAAAUGACAAUUAAUACUGUACUGGGGAAUCACAUGUUAAAUAUUGUUUAAUUUUUAUUUUAUAAUUACUACCUGGAAAAUGGGCAAAGGAUCUUAUUGACCAGAUUUAAGCUGCAAAUAGAUAUCAUACUCGAAUGAUGAACAGUAAUUGAAUUUAGAGUGGAGUAAACUGUAAGUUAAGAUAAAUGAUAGAUACCAGUAACUAAAUAUUAAAACAAAAUUACAAAAUCGAAUUAUGUUUGGUGAUGGUAUUUUUCAGGCAAGUAUGUGUAGUACUUGAUUUUUCUAGUAACUGGAAGAUAUCUCCUUGCAUAGCAUUUUGGGAAUGCUGGAAUUAGACAGUAGUUCAUGGGCUAAUUUAUUUUUUGUGGUAGGACUUUAUAUCUGGUGUUCCAGCCAUAGUUUAUAGUUAGCCAACCCUCUUGGAAAGAUUUUCCUCUCCCUUGGACCCCUCAAGUGGGGCAGGGUUUAGCCACCCCUCUUGUCCGUCCUCUAUGGGUAAGCACCGGUUUGCUUGAAAGGGAUAAAAAUUUAGAAUAUAUGGUGAUUGUGAUUGUUUACAUGGCCAUAGUUAUGGUAGCUUUAGGCUGUUAAGAAAGGAAGACUCCAAUCAUUUCCACUCUGAAGAAUGCAAAGAAUCAAAGCCAGAUAUGAUGUUUGUCAUUAGACUGCACUCAUGAUAGAUAAUUUAUUUAUUUACAUAUAUUGAGUCUUAAUUCAGAGUGUAAUACCAGUAUGAUAUUGGGUAAAAAUGUGAAUUUCAUGAGCAAUAGAAUUUUACAUAAUGUUGCUCAAAGAGGCUGAAAACAUUAUUUUAUUUUGUUCUGAGCACUGACCACCUGUAAGAAUAGAUGAUGAGGCUACUAAGGUGAGAGACCUAGCCAGCACUCGACUGAAAUUUUCAGGGAUGUAUUCAAGGGUAGGGAGAUGACCCUUUUGUAUAAGGUGGAUGAUAAAUAGUUUAGGCAAGAAUCCAUGAUGUUAGAAAUGUAAUAGCAAUGCGAGAAAAAGUCAUGAGAACUGCUAGAGAAUGUUGUGACAUCAUCGCAUAUGUUUCGGUACCUUCGAGAUCAAGUGCAUGCCUAGUAGAGUACUUGCGAACAGUGUGUAACAGAAAACUGACCAGUGGCAAAAAGGUUAAGUACUGUAAAGUGAGGAUUUGGAUAAAAUUUUGUGGCAACUUUUUUAUAACUACAGCAUACUUGAAUCAGCUUAGGAUAUAAGAGUUGGAAGCCCAGGAAAAUGCUCCAGAAGUUAGGCAUAAGGAUGUGGAAUGAAGAUUUGCCAAAAUCUUAGUGUAGUGUUCACCAAAUAUUGAGUUUCUGUUGGUUCUUGGUAAUGAAGAAGUAAGAGGAACGUCAUUGUUCGAGUGUGAGCGUUUCAAGAUCAGACUUGACCAACACUGGAGCAGGUUCAGAUACAUUCAGGAGCCAGUGCAUGCCCAGUACUUGCCAACAGUGCAUAACAGAGACUUAACCGAUCGUCCAAGCAGCUAACGAGCCGAUUAGUGGUGAGGAUAAAAGUAUGUACAGUACAGGUGUUUGUUACAUCAGUUGUUUUAGGUAAGAAAACUGAAUGCCUUUCUUCACAAAAGAUAUACAAAACCAUUUUUUUUUUCAUUUUUCAUUUUAUAUUUUGUAUCAAUAUUUAAGUACAUAUUACCAGAAUGCAAAAGUUUUCUUACUAAAUUAUAUCAAUAUCGUAUUGGAACCAUUGUGUAAUUGACACUGAAGAAAUUCCUUUUAAAUUACACCAGUUUUUCAUGUAACUUGAGGUUUUGUAAUUUAAUAACCCAUAAAAAGAAUUCUUGGCAAAAUGGAUUAAUCUAUCAGUACAUGACAAGUAAAGUCUCUUCCUUCUGUGCAGUGUCAGUCGUAGUUCUGCUGUAAACUAUAUGUAAAGAGAAUCAGAGACAUCUACCUUGCUAAAGAAUCGUGGUACCCUGUAUUAGAAACAACACGUAGUACACGUCUCGGUUCAAUAGUAGUACCUUUAAUGUACAAAUACUGACCGACUUGUUGUACCAUUAAUAAACUCUUAAAAUAAAAUGGAUUGGAACUUGUGAAAAACACAUUGUCAAGUUGUGCUUUAAAAAUUAUUGGAUGUGAUUGACUGCUGUGCUGUGUAUGAUAACUUUGUAAGGUCUUCAAGAACAGCUCCGGUGUUCAAGGUAUGGUUUAAUCACCGACUAAAAGGGGGGUUGAAGAAUGCUUACUACUAUACAAUAUAAGUGAAUUAAAAUGUAAGUAAUGUAUAGUCGCUAAUUAAUUGCAAGGAAAUCAACUUAUCACUAUUAAGAGAACUUCAUAUUACUGUAUAAUGUGCAGUGAAACCUCCAUAUAACGGACUUCUCUCUCCAUAUAAUCCGUUAAAUAAAUGUUUCGCUGAACAGUAUACAUUUUGUUGAAGAUUGGCAGUGACCUUAGACUUCAUCUUAAAUAUAUCUUAAAGACAGAAAUAUUUAAGUCUUCCAUGUUCAUUCAGUAAGUAGUGUGCAGCUGACAGUGAGCAAGACUAUAAUUUAUGGUUCCACAACAAGAUGAAACUUUAAAAAGAUGACUCGAGCACAAUGGUUGCUGGUGUCAACUUUGUUGAAUGUUAUGGAUGAGAUUUAGUAUUUUAUGGAAGAACGAGUUGGCUUUGUACAGUGAACAUUUAUUUGUUAUCCCAUGGCAUUAUGGCCUUGAGUCUGGUGUCACUUACCACAGGCAGGUUAUGGUAAUAAGAACCUUGAGAGUGAAGUAUAGCACCAGUUUUCUUUACAGUAUGUGAGAUUAUGCCAGUAAUUACUAAAUGAAGUAUUUGUGUUUCAAAGUGUUUCAGUAAUUUUCUUAACUAAAGUAAUUGCCGAGAUUAAACAUUAUUCUUCCUAAAAUAAAGUAUGAGACUGGCAAUAUUGUGAGUGAUUUCGAAAACUGUUUGCCACAACUACAAGGACAUGUCUAAGUAUGUAUUAAAAAUUUAAUUGAGAUUGAAUAACAACACAACUCUGCUAACUCUAAUGUAUCUGAAACUAACUUCAAAAUUCAACUUUCAUGGUACAGUACUGUACAACAUCUAGUGGCUAGUGGCAAAUCAACUUCUGUAAAUCCAUGUAGAAAUUCUUAGCAAAAUCUCAAAUAAUUCUUGUAUGAGUUUUAACAAUUGAAAAUGGCUGAAACAUUUUAGGAGCUGCUCCCUCUAAAGAGAAUCUUCCAGGGAAGGCAGUGCAUCAAGGGAGAAGACAGAUUUAUAAUAACAAUAUGAAGCCGCAGCUUAUCAACACAGGUGUGCUGAUGCUGUGAUUAUUAAUCAUAAUAAAAGUUUUAUGAAGUGCAUAUUGUUGUUGUUAUAACAUAGCUUAGUUUAUAUGACACACAUAUUACUUGUCCAUUUUAUGCAUGAUAACGUGCUGCACAUAGUAAAGUCGUACAAAGAUUUGGCACUUUUGAUUAUGGUUUAACACCCAUAUCGGCUGUAGACAAUGCUGACAGAAAUGAGGCGGGCCAUUAUCAAGUUAAUCUCCUAAUAAGAGCCACAUACCUUAAAUAUUAUAUUUUCAUAUAAAUUUUUGUAUCAGUUUACAGUAUCUACAGUAUAAGGACUUGUUUCACCUUAUUGUGUUGAAAUCAUAUGCAGUACUGUCCUUUACUUAUCCUAUUCAUAACUUGUAGCAUAUCGGUACUUUUUCCGUGUUAUUUCUUUGCGGUAAUGUACUGAAGAAUGGUAUUGAAACUAUUUUCUUUUCCGUGUACUGCAUUUAUUUAAUCUGCAUCAUGUCUAUUGAAAGGCCAACAACUGAACAUGGGCAAUGACAUUUAAUCUUUAGAACUGUACCAUGUUACAUGCACUGGUAAUACACUAUACACUCCACAGAUUAUAUAAUGAAAACUUUGCAUACUGUUAAAAAAAUUUUUUGGAAAAUUAAUGACAAUCUUUGUGAAAUAAACAUUGAAGACAAAAGGCAUCUUUGAUAAUGGCCAAAGCAUUUGUCCAACACAGUGAACAUACAAAAUGUGCUGAAAGUGUGAUAUGAUGGUCCUUUAUUGUUGAAUGGGCAGAUGUUCCAAGCAAAUGCCCCCCCCUAACAUAAAGAAGAAAAACAAAAGAGCUAUAAAACAAUUGGAAGAAUGUUCCGGUGAAAAAAAAAAUAUAAUAAAAUAUUAACAUGUACAUUCUUUGGAAGGUUGUGUCUGUCUCUUUCCCAUAUCAUGUAUUUAUACUGUGUAAGAUAAUGUGAGUGAGUUGGUGUACACUCACUAAAAAAUUAUCCGGCACCCGUGUCCUAUUGUAUCACGCCGUAAGGGUGCCGAAUAAUUUUUUAUUGGGUAUACAACAUAUUGGCACACAACGGGAUGGCCUCUCUGGCUGGUCUGUACUGUACACCCACUAAAAAAUUAUUCGGCACCCUUACGCCAUGAUACAAUGUGACAUGGGUACCGAAUAAUUUUUUGGUGGGUGUACGGGGUACAUCACGUUUUAACCUCCAGGUGAACUGUACAAACUGUCUCCAUUAACAUUUCAUUACUGUGUGAUAUGUCUACACAUUAUUUAUGUAGCACAAAGUUAUUCUGUUCAUUGAAAGGACAGAUUUUCAUAUACAGUACCUGUAUCUUUAACUCCUAUUUUAAAAUACUGUACAGUACGUACAGUAAUUUCAGCUCAUCAUUUGAUUCACACACAUUUAUUUUGUUAGUUGUUGUCACUUUGAAGGAAGUUCUGACAGCCAUUUUCAGCACAUGAAGUCCAAGUAAAAUUUGACUUUAGUUAAACCUUAUUUCAGUUUAUUUAUGCAUUAUGCUGGAUUUAUAAUUGAAAUUGCAAGGUACAGCAAUAUGUUGAUUAGCAACUUCUAAAAUAUUUGGUUGGCAUAUGCAUUGAACAUUUGUAAACCCAUGUAAGUGUGGAAAAUGAUGAACUUUUGAUGGGGUGUUAUUUACCAUCCAAGAUACAGUACAGUAUUUUCAUCAUGUAGCAUCUCAAACUUGGGUCGUAUAAUCUGUCAUAAGUAUUAAAGAGUUCUCAUUGGGUGGGAUUCCAGAUAAGACAGAUUAAGUCAUCUGUAAUUGUUUUAUUUGCCUCUAGGCAGCUAUGGGAUAAGUGUGGGUGGCCAUAGGGCAUGUACAGAUGAGGUAGUACAGUACAGUAUCUGCUAAAAUUUUGGCAAAUAGCAAUUGCUUUGGCUCCUAUAAAAGAUGCAUAAAAUUUCUGUGUAAUGCACUGAGACUCAUGAUGUGUAAUAUCUUUAUGCAUUGAAUUAAUUUUCUAAUCUAAGGUAAUAUUAUGAUUAUAAAGGUUUAUCUAUGCAUAUUAAAUUAGGCUUUUAGUACAGUAAAUAAUACUGUAUAUCUACUCUUAGUGUCGUCUUCAUAUUUUGUGAUAAUGAAGAUACAGUAUGUCUAUUAUGUAUCUAUAAACUUAUGUAUACAAUAUGCGUAUGUACAGUAUGCAUGUGUGAGUAAAUGUGACUUCCUAAAUAUUAACAAACCUGGUGAUAUAACAAAACUGAUAUUUUAAUAUUAAAUUAAUGUGUAUCAUAUAAGGUGCCAAGUUAAACAUCACAUCAGUCACAAUUAUAGUUUUAGAAAAACUAUAUGGCCAUAAUUAUUAUUGUACCUUAAAUUUUGUGAUUUUAUUGUACACCAGAGUGAAAUUACAGUAUUACUCUUAAGAAAUCAGCUACCUAAUGAAUAUAAGAUAAUGCAACUACCUAAAGAAUCUCAACAGAUACAUAUAUACAGUAUAUAUAUAUAUAUAUAUUUAACACUAAUAAUGGGGAGAUAUUUAACUGAUAUGGGAGCAGGUGGUUGCAGUUAUAGGCUGGUCCUAUGUUGCUUUAGACCGAGAGAGCAAACUGUUGCACAUAACUAUAUGCAAGUGACCUACAGGUGCACCGUAUACUGUUGUGUGCUAGUAAACUACAGUAUUUCCUUGCAGUUGAAUUGUAUUUUUUUCUGUAUAGUUACAUGUUUAUAAUAGAAAGGGGAUGCAGAGAUCACCCUUUCUGAAUUUUAUAAUAGAAAGGGGAUGCAGAUAUCACCUUUUCUGAGUUUGUGUCCUAGGAGGUGAAAAGUUCAUAUACUAUGUACAGUACUGUAUCCCUAACCAAAAUAUCACCACCCAAAGUUUGGUCUAGAAAAGCAACCAUUCCUACUGUAAAUUUCUUUUCUUUAGGUUAACUUUAAUUGUUUUUUUGUGAUCGUUGUUUGUAUGUUCUAAAUGAUAUUAUGUAACUAGCAUUUUUAAUGUAUACAAUAAAUGUACAUGUAUUAUGUAGCAAAUAAUUACUUUUAACAGGAAUCCACAUUUUAUGGCAUGAUACUCUUGUAUUGGGGAUAUAAUUUGCACAAACAUGUAAGUGACUGUGUUAUUAAAAUAGAAAUAUUUAACUUUGUACACCAUGAAAUUGGUUGUCCAUUUAAACUAAAUUCUAAAGAAUUAACUUUGUUAAAGAAUAAAUAAGUUAUAGUUUUAUGCUUCUCUAAAAUAAUAAUUAUUUUUUUUACCUCCAAACUUGAGUUCUUCCUCAAAUAUUCCCCGUAAUCUCUUCAGUGUACGUAAUCUCUUCAGUGUACGUGCUGUAUAUAAAUAUAAUAUGUAAGGUAGUCAUUGACACUUGCAUAGAACCAUUAAAGAUUAUUUCAAGAA